GAAUAUUGGAAGUGAAUAAAAGAAGCGCGAGUGUGUUAUAUGUUACGUUAUCCAAACACCAUUGAUGAUUGAAGAUGGUGCUUCUACAACCGAACACGAACACUACUUUCAAACUCACAUUCUCACCACAUAUUCCAUCAUCUAAUUCUCUUCCUCAAUUCUUCAACUUCAAACUCAAACCCUCACCACUCUCUCUAACUCUCACGCGCCGCCACCGCCAAAUACUUCCCUUCGCCGUCGAGGAAAAAAAUCAACCUAGCUCUAUACCCGAACCUGAAUCCGAACCCGAACAACCGGAACCGGAACCGGUUGAGUCCGAUUUAGCAUCGGAAUUGAAGAAAGCGAUGCAAGAGAGGAAGGAGAAAGAAGGUGAUAGUUUCUGGAACGGAGUUGUUAAAGAGAUCGGUGAAAUUGAAUGGCCUGAGUUUGGGAAAGUUUUGGGUACUACUGGUGUUGUUCUUAGUGUUAUCUUUGGUUCUAGUAUUGUUUUGCUUACUGUUAAUGCUAUUUUAGCUGAAGUUUCUGAUAAGGUUUUUGUAGGGAAAGGGGUUCAAGAUUUCUUCUCAUGAAUUCAUUGAAUUCAUAAUUGUUCAUCACAUUUUGACUGUAAAUUUUUAAUAUAUUUUAUCAAGAAUUUAUAUAUUUGUUUUUAUUAUA